AUGUUCUCAAAGUUCCUCAAGUGGGAGAGCCUAGACGAACAACUACUUUGGGUUUCAAGUGGCAUCGGUGAAGGGAUGACAACAGUUUUCCUGAGUUUAGUUCGCCAGUUCCGAAGCCCAGUUAAAAUGGACGAUAACAUCUGUUGUCUAUCAUUCUUCUUCUUCGACUUUAGAAGCCCAGCACACGACAAUGCCGCUGCUGCCCUACGGAACCUGAUUUGGUGUGUCCUCGCCAAGCAGCCGCAGCUUGAAAGUCACCUACAACAAAAGUAUGAGACGACCGGACGGCAAUCUUUUGAUCAUGCAAAUGAUUUUCUUGCACUAAUCGGCAUAUUCUAUGAUAUGAUGCAAGACGAGAAUUUCCCGAAGACAUGUUUUGUGGUAGACGCCUUGGAUGAAUGUUCAUCCGAGGAAGGAUGCCCAGGACUCGGAGAUUUCAUCCACUUCAUCACCUUUUCAAUAAAACAGUCAGACAAAGUUCGAUGGCUCAUUUCGAGCAACUACUCUUCUGGUAUGGAGGAGGCAUUGGGAAACUGUCGACACGAGAAGCUGCAUAAUCUAAGCGACAUCACGACAUUAGGGGACUAUAUUCAAAGCCAAGCAGAGAAACUAGCAAACGAAAACAGUUAUGAUCCUGAGCUUAGGGAGACCGUCGUUCAAAUACUGCGUCAAAACCCAUAUUGCAACUACUUGUGGAUCGAUAUCGUCGUCAACGCAUUGAAAACGGAGGCCAUUUGGCGGGUAACAGACUUCCUCAAAGGGAUUUCAGAAGUCAGAGAUCUAAAAUCGCUUUACGAUCAUAUAUGCAAGACCAAAAUCUUUACCUCCAAAGACAAAGAUUUCUGCAAGAAGGUGCUGGAGGUUAUGGCAGUCGUUCGUCGCCCCCUGCACGUAACUGAGCUGGAGCCUUUGGUACAACUCAAACAGAGAGUUGAUCUAGAGGUCAUCAUUGGAAAGUGUUCGGAUUUUCUUCAGAUUACGGAUGGCAUUGUCUCAUUUCAACACCAGUCAGCCAGAGACUAUGUUCAAAAAGUGUUUCUCAAUAACAACUUUACGCUUACUCACAUGAAGCUGAUCCGCGCCUGUUUCAAUCUCAAGUGGAACAAGGAUAAGUCACGAGAUCGCGAGAAUCCUGAUACGCAAGAGACGGCACCCUCAAUGUCAAAGUAUGCGCUAGUGAAUUGGAUAUCGCACUUAUUGGCGAUAUCCAAGGUUGUGUCCACCACUUUAGCUGACGACAUGGCCGGACUCUUUGAAUUGACCAGCUCUGAUGUGUGCUGCUUCCUUCGAGAUCACAUCAUGCCAUGGGCAGAUGCCUUGGUUCAACACGAGUUGUUAGCAACUGGAGCUUCGGAGCUACAGAAAUUGGAUCUAGGCUUCCAGCAUUCUAAAUGGAGGUCUCUGCACAAUAGGAUUCGAGAUGCUCACCGAUUUUUGCGUCUACACCAGGCCACAGAAAGUCCUGGAACUAUGCCAGCGUUCAAUUCCCUCCUCUUCUGCCCGACAGCAAGCCUUGUACAACAAGAGUCCUUAAAGAAAGUCUUUCCCUGGAUAACGUCAGUUUCAGCUGCAACUCAGCAAUGGAUGGGAGGCUUCACAGCUCUGAAAGGCCAUGAAGAUUGGGUUCGCGCCGUCGUUAUUUCUGACGAUGGCAAGCUCAUUGUAUCAGGCUCGGAUGACGCUACAGUACGUAUCUGGGAUGCCGGAACUGGGCUGGUACAGCACUGCCUCGAGGUAAGACGAGGAUAUAUUUUUUCAGUCGCAAUUUCUUCGCAGAGAAUUGUAGCUGCCGGGUCGAGUGAUUAUUCAAUCACGCUGUGGGAAGCUGAUACAGGUCGCGAACCGAUGGACGAAAUUGGAGAUUUGGUGCAGUCAGUGGCUUUUACUGCCAGUGGGAAGCUCCUGGCUGUUGCCAAGGAGGACUGCAAGAUAUACAUCUGGGAUCUGGAGGCUAAGUCCAACAUCAUGACAUUUGAUGGAAAUAACUCGCCUGUCAAUUCCAUUGCGUUUUCGAGAGAUGGAAACCUUCUGGCUUCUGGGGCUGAAGACGGGACCAUUGAGAGCGUGUUUAUAUGGGACCUGGACACAAAUACAGAGAUAAAGCCUUCAAUGCAGUUCGAUCAUGAAAGGUCUCUGACGUCUUUGAGUUUUUCUCCCGACGGAAAAUAUUUGCUCUCCGGUUCCUCAGACUGCACAAUGCGCCUGUGUGAGGUACAGACAGGCAACCGCCUUCACAUAUUUGAUGGUCAUGAAGAUUGGGUCCGAUGUGUAGCAUGGUGCGAAAAGGAACCAUUUAUCGCUUCUGCGUCGGACGACCAUUCCGUUCGUAUCUGGUCAUUCGAUAAAGGAAAGGCCUUUCCGCUCAAAUGCACGCUACGAGAGCAUAGAUCAUGGGUUAUGUGCACCUCUUUCUCUCCAGAUGGGAGAUUCUUGGUCUCUGGCGACAAUGACUCCACGGUGGUCGUGUGUGAGAGAAACAUGGCCGACGAGUGGGAGAGAAAGUCAUCCUAUACAUGGCACUCAGCCUCCAUUGACAGCAUAGUGGUAGCAAGGGAUGGCAGGCGUGUUGUGUCGGCCUCGUCAGACAAGACGGUGCACGUUUGGGAUAUUGACGACUGCUCUAGCAGGGGUGCGUCGAUUAAGGUGGACUGGGGACCCUACUCCAAGAUGUGGUUGUCUCCCGGCAUGGACCAGCAUGUCAUGACGCCUUAUGGCGCUCUGCCUCUCGAUCUCUCCACAGAUGCUGAGACCAAAUGGGGCCUUUCCUACGACGAGGACAAAGAGGAGUGGUGGAUUACCUUCAAUAAGGAGAAAUACAUUUUUCUCCCCAAGAUGUUUGCGCCAACUUCGUCAUGUAUAUUGCCGAACAAGGCGGUGGUGGGAACGUCAUCUAUGCCAUAUGUUUUUGGUUUCUCGGAUGAUGUCCCUGAGGCGAAGGAUAUCUAUGGAGAUUAUGAGACUUGGGCCUCCUAA